UGCGCCUUGUAUCAGGAGCCGAGCCGGCAGGGAGGGGGCUGCCGCGCGAGAGGAGGAGGGGUCGCCCGAGCCGGGCCCGCCGAGAGCCGUCCGCGAAGGCCGAGGCCGGGCCGCCCUCGCAGCCGCGCAUCCUCGCGUCCCGGAGCGCCCGCGCCCCGCAGCCGCGCCGCACCGCCCGGCGGCCGCCGUCCGCGCCAGCUAGGGCUCCGGCCGCCGGGCCGGGACCCCGGUGCCGCCCCCCGCGCCUCGGAAGGCCCCCGGCGCCCGCGCCCGAGGAGGGCGGCGGGCCCCGUGAAUGCGCUCCGGAGCCUGAGCGCGCGCAGUCUUUUGAAGAAGCAGGAUGCCGAUCUAGACCUGGAAAAAGACCCAUCCAGCGGCCAUAUUAGAAGACAUGUGGUGUAUAUAAAGUUUUUGAUAGUUGGGGGAAUUUUGGAAUUUAGAUAAUGGGCUGUGUGCAAUGUAAGGAUAAAGAAGCAACAAAACUGACGGAGGAGAGGGAUGGCAGCCUGAACCAGAGCUCCGGGUACCGCUAUGGCACAGACCCCACACCUCAGCACUACCCCAGCUUCGGCGUGACCUCCAUCCCAAACUACAACAACUUCCACGCAGCCGGGGGCCAAGGACUCACCGUGUUUGGGGGUGUGAACUCCUCGUCUCACACUGGGACCUUGCGCACGAGAGGAGGGACAGGAGUGACCCUGUUUGUGGCCCUUUAUGAUUAUGAAGCACGGACAGAAGAUGACCUGAGUUUUCACAAAGGAGAAAAAUUUCAAAUAUUGAACAGCUCGGAAGGAGACUGGUGGGAAGCCCGCUCCUUGACCACCGGAGAGACGGGUUACAUUCCCAGCAAUUAUGUGGCUCCAGUUGACUCUAUCCAGGCAGAAGAGUGGUACUUUGGAAAACUUGGCCGGAAAGAUGCUGAGCGACAGCUUUUGUCCUUUGGAAACCCUAGAGGCACCUUUCUUAUCCGUGAGAGUGAGACCACCAAAGGUGCCUAUUCACUUUCUAUCCGCGACUGGGAUGAUAUGAAAGGAGACCACGUCAAACAUUAUAAAAUUCGUAAACUUGACAAUGGUGGGCACUACAUUACCACCCGGGCCCAGUUUGAAACACUUCAGCAGCUUGUACAGCACUACUCAGAGAGAGCUGCAGGUCUCUGCUGCCGCCUAGUCGUUCCCUGUCACAAAGGGAUGCCAAGGCUUACCGAUCUGUCUGUCAAAACCAAAGAUGUCUGGGAAAUCCCUCGAGAGUCCCUGCAGUUGAUCAAGAGACUGGGAAAUGGGCAGUUUGGGGAAGUGUGGAUGGGUACCUGGAAUGGAAACACGAAAGUAGCCAUAAAGACUCUUAAGCCCGGCACGAUGUCUCCUGAAUCAUUCCUCGAGGAGGCGCAGAUCAUGAAGAAGCUGAAGCACGACAAGCUGGUCCAGCUGUACGCGGUGGUGUCCGAGGAGCCCAUCUACAUUGUCACUGAGUACAUGAAUAAAGGAAGUUUACUUGAUUUCUUGAAAGAUGGAGAAGGAAGAGCCCUGAAACUACCGAAUCUUGUGGACAUGGCAGCCCAGGUCGCUGCAGGAAUGGCUUACAUCGAGCGCAUGAAUUACAUUCACAGAGAUCUGCGAUCGGCAAACAUUCUCGUGGGGAAUGGACUCAUAUGCAAGAUCGCUGACUUUGGAUUGGCCCGACUGAUCGAAGACAACGAGUACACAGCAAGACAAGGUGCCAAGUUCCCCAUUAAAUGGACGGCCCCCGAAGCAGCGCUGUAUGGGAGGUUCACAAUCAAGUCAGACGUGUGGUCCUUUGGGAUCCUGCUCACUGAGCUGGUCACCAAAGGAAGAGUGCCGUAUCCAGGUAUGAACAACCGGGAGGUGCUGGAGCAGGUGGAGCGCGGCUACAGGAUGCCCUGUCCGCAGGACUGCCCCGUCUCUCUGCACGAGCUCAUGAUCCACUGCUGGAAGAAGGACCCGGAGGAGCGGCCCACUUUCGAGUACCUGCAGGGCUUUCUGGAGGACUACUUCACCGCCACAGAGCCCCAGUACCAGCCCGGAGAGAACCUGUGAGGCCUGCCCCGCAGACGGAGGCCCGUCCGGCAGCCUUGCCCACCCCCCUCAUUAGCUUUCGGUUCCCAGCCAGCUGCCCCCCGAGCAGCGGAACGUCCAGGAUCAGAUUGCAUGUGACUGAAGCUGACGGACUUCCCCGGCCCUCAUCAAUGACACCUGUCCCCAGAUCCGAACCUCCUCUGUGACGCCCCCGGGGCAGAGCCCUGUCACUCCUCAGACUCCGGAAAUGCAUUGUCUUGAUGUCACGUGAAAGGCCAGACCUCUGUUCAGUGUAAAUAGUCACUCCAGUGCCAACGACCCUCGUGCCCUCCCUUUUUUUAAAAUGCAAAUCCUAUGUGAUUUUAACUGUCUUCACCUGAUUCAACUAAAAAAGUAUUAUUUUCCAAAAGUGGCCUCUUUGUCUAAAACAAUAAAAUUUUUUUUCAUGUUUUAACAAAAACCAAUCGGGGCAGGUGUUUGUUUUUUUUCUUUUUUAUAAAUAUGAACAUAUAUAUGCCCCUGUACAUACAUCAUGUGGGUGCUAACGUGGAAACCCCGGCCAACCUGGGCCACGAAGCCUCAGGACCCAGAGUGAAUUUUCCUACAAAAUCGGCAUAAAAGCACUGUUUUUUUCUGAAAACCAGGCCCUCAUUUCUGGCUUUUGGCUGAGCACGAGUCUGGUUUUGGUUUGGCGCGCUCCGGGGUUCGUGACCUGCGUCCGGCUGUCACACUCACUCCUCGGCAGCGUCAAGCUGGCUUCACAAGCCUGUUCAGUAUCUGCCUCAACUUACUCGGUUUGUUCUUGAAACUUAAAAACGGCCGCUGCUACCAGGGAAACUGGAAGAUGAAAAUUGCACAAACUUCGUGUCUAAAAAUAGGAAUGCUGAAAAGUUUCCAGCUUUUUUAUCUAAUAACCCUUGUGACCACACCGAACUGGUCUAAAGCCCCUAGGCUCUGUAGCAAGAUGGCCUGCUGAACUUCCUCGCACACCGAGAUCACGGAGGUGGGGGGGCAGCACAUUUCCCAUUGUGAAAUGCGAUCUUAAAUGUCCUGUGCUGCGAAUGAAAUGACUUUCCGUGCAUCCAGGAGCCCUCCCAGUGGGCUGACUAUGCACGACUUCACAUUUUAUGGGGAUGCACCAAAAAGUGUCACACUUCCAGUUGCUGUUUGUACCAACCUUGAAUUACAUGUUUAACAACAACUAAUCAAAAGCCUAUUUCUAUUGAGUUUUUAAUACUGAGUAGCAACUCUGAAGUCUUAAUUCCUUUUUUGUUACAAUUUAUUUGUGAGAUUACAUUUUUUAAUUGUUUAACUUUAUUAAUUUAGUAAUUAAAAAGAGCAUUUUGCAUUUGAA